AUGAACAAUAAUGACUUGCAAUUAAUUUAUCAAUAUAUGGUUCAACCAACUAAUCAUCAAAAAGAAAAUAAAACUACACAUCAUCAAAAAUUAAUUAACAUUGUUGAACAUUUACUUGAUGAUGAAUUAAAAUCUACAAUUCAUUUAUUAGAUACUAUGUGGUAUUCUAAAGGAUCAAAUAAGGGCAGUUUGCUUUCAUCUUUUUUGCAAAAUAAGGUUUUAAAUUACAUUAAUUCAUCUCUUUAUAAGUCAAAUCAAGAUUCGAUCUUAUUAAUUCAAUAUAAUAAAACUUUAUAUAAAAAAAUCGAUUAA